AAAGAUCAUUCUCUUUUCAGGUAAAUUCCACAACCAUUUGGUACUCAAGCGGAAGAAACAGUGAAAGUUGAUUAUUUUGCCACUCUGCAGGUGUGUGAAGCGCUAUUUCCGCUCCUCAGAAAUAAUGCCAGGUUGUCUGCUGAGCUGAGAGCAAAAUUUGCUGAUCCUAACCUAUAACCAUUCCUCAAUUAAAUGAACUCAUGGAAAAGUUCAUAGAGGAUGCAAAGGAAGGCAAGCGCGAUCCAUGGGGCAACUUAACAUAUGUGGUAUCAAAAGUAGGUGUUUUUUAUCAAGCUGUUAGUUGAAAAUGAAGUGAAUUUGUAGAGUUAUGGGGAGUGAUGGCAACCAUGUAAUUUACGUUUGACGUUUUUUCAUAGCGUUUGUCAAGACACUCUUUUAAACUCAAACGUCAAAUCAACAAAACCCGACUUUUCAUGUUACAUCUGUGAUUUGGAUGUUUACUAUUUUCUAAAGCAGUUUUACACUGAUAUGAGAUAUAGAGCUCAAAAUAUACCGGGCAGAACCUUAAAAUGAAAGACGUAAAGGCACUGCUGAAAGAGGCGCGAGAUGCGAUAAAAAAUAAAGACUAUGAAACCUCUUUGAAAGUCUCCAAGGUUUGUACAAGAAUAAGGAUAUUUUAUGAACACAAGUCGUUUAACAUAAUGUUUGAAACUCUAGAGUAUAUUGAAAGAGGAUAAAACGAAUUAUAUGGCACUGAUAUUCCUGGGACUUUCUUUACAAGAAGUUGGACCUGAAGAUCAAGCACCCAAGGCAUUUAAAAAAGCUAUUGAGCUGAAUUCUACUAAUCCGCUAGCUUAUAAUGGUCUGAUAAGCUAUUAUGAGAAAAUUGACAAUGAAGAUGCUAAAAAGGAGCUUGUAAAGUUGUACACAGAGAUCUUAGAACUGGAAAUUGAGCAAAAGAAAGUCAUAGAAUUUUGUGAGAAACUAGCCUCAAUUGGUCAAAAUAAUUCUGAUAUAUAUGAUAUUGCUAAAACAGUAUACAAUGCCAAGGAUAAAGUAGAAGAUAAAGCUACUAUAAAUAGAGUUGUAGUCAAUCUUCUAAGUUCUAAGGUUACAGAUCUACCGUCAGAGAUACUUCAAAUAUAUGAAGAAUGCCUGUAUUGCCUAGUAUCAAAUGACAAUACUGUUACAAGUACCCAAUACUCAGCAUACUUGUCAGUAUUAUACAAGCAAAAUAGAUAUAAAGAUUUAUUAGAGCAUGCUCAAGUGAUGCACAAGCUAUUUGAGAAUGAUAAUAUGCCUUUAGUAUGGAUCUGUAAAAUAUCUAAUCAGUCAUACUUAGAAAACAAAGAGUUUGCCCAAAAUUGUGCUGAGUUAACAAAAAUAAGUUGUGAAGAAUUGUUGAAAAAUGAUCCAAAUGAUGCUAUCGGCUUAUUUACUCAUGGCAUUAUGUUGGUGGAAGAUCAGAAAUUAUUGGAAGCUAAGGAAGUAUUGACAAAAGUUACAAGAAUGAGACCUGGUUUGUUACAUGCUUGGAUUAUGCUUACUACACUAUUGGUGAGAUUAGGCUUGUAUGAAGAGGCAAUCCAUGCAUCAGAAGCAUCUGAAAAGUUAUUGAAGUCAAUCAAAUACUCAAACAAAAAACUGAAGGAAAUUUUGGAUUGUUCCUUAAUACAGCUCUACUCUAUAUCAUCAGAUAAAGAAGACUGGCAGAAGGCUAUAGAACUUUAUAAUAAGAUUACUAAUGAAUCUACUAAAAAUGAGUAUUCAAAGUAUGCCAUACUUGCCUACAUACAUCUGGGCAAGUUUGCUGAAGCAAAAUCACAAAUACAAACAUUGACAGAUGACAGCCUGAUACAGUUUUUGAAGGCAAAGAUGUAUAUUCAGGAAAAAAGAUACAAUGAUGCUUUGUCAUUAUUGGAGAAAAAUACACCUGAGGAUUCUGAUUGGUGGAAUGAAAUAGGUCAAAUUUAUUGGAAGAUGGGAGAGCACAAAAAUUCUCUGGUGCCUUUUUUGAAGGCUGCUAAAUGUGAUCCUAAUAACUAUUUGACAUUUUUUUAUUUGGGCAACUAUUAUCAAAAAGCAAAUGAUACAGAAAAAGCUAGGAGGUGUUAUGAAAAAGCAUUCAAAAUUAGUCCAAAUUCACUAGACGUAGUGACUGAAUUAAGCAGUGUAUACCGCCAGCUAAAAAAAUUUGACACAGCACAAAGUUUACUGAAAAGUCUUACCACAGGCCCAAUAACCAAGAAAAACUGCUGGGCAUACUUACAGCUAGGUCUCAGUUACUUAGAACAAGAAGAUUAUGAGAACGCCAUAGAUAGAUUGAGAUAUGUCGUGAGGAUAGACGGUGACAAUGUGCAUUAUUGGGAAGCUUUGGCAGAUGCUUAUUUUGCCAGGGGAUCAUAUACAUCAGCUCUGAAAUGUUAUCAGAGGUCUUUAGAGAUCACUCCUAAAGCCUUAUAUCCAUCUUUGCAAAUUGCAAAUAUAAAAAAGAUUUUGGGACAAUAUCCAGAAGCUAUAGAAGACUUUGAGGAACUUCUUUUAGAUAAUGGGUUGUAUAUACCUGCAUUGAAGGGUCUUGCAGAGACCUAUAUACGGCAAGCUACAGAGUGCUACAAAACUCAACGAUUUGGGACGUCAAGAGACCAUAUUCAAAGUGCAGUAAAUAAUUUGACAUUAGCUAUGAAGCAAGAUGGUACUUACUCAUGUUUAUGGAAAUUAUUAGGCGAUAGUUGUACGUUUGUUACAAAACUCUCAGAAAAAUAUUGCUGCCUUUUCAUGGCCAAUUUUUUGUUGGAAGGUGGCGAUCAAGAUGAAAAUCAACUUUGCGAAAAGGAACAACUUUUUGUUUCUGCUACUAGAUUCUACUGUAAAGCUAUAAAUCUAACUGAAACGAAUAUAUUAAUAUGGCACGAUCUAGCAACGUGCUACAUGACACAUGCUCUCAAUACAACAGAAUCAGAGAAAAAGAAACUGCUUCUUUCGUACGCCAUGUCAGCAUGUCAACAUUGCACUUCCAUAAAUCCGAUGAACUGGCAACAUUGGAAUCUCAUGGGCAACAUCGCAAUGCAUCAAGAACCGCCGAACUUAUCGCUGGCGCAGCAUGCGUUUAUCAAAGCUUUGAUAGCCGACCAUAACUAUGCAGUAGCUUGGGCGAAUUUAGGGACACUGUAUUUUAUCAUGGACGAUAUAAAGCUAGCCAAUAAGGCGUUUGCACAAGGUCAACGGUCAGAUCCGAGUCAUGUACAAAGCUGGAUUGGACAGGCACUGAUAGCGGAAUCUCUAGGUCACGAAGAGGCGAUGGACCUUUUCAGGCACUGUACCCAGAUAGCCCAUCAUCAGCAGAGUAGUAUUGGUUAUGGGCAUUGGGUGUGUCAGACUUUGCUUGACUCUGAUCCACAUGAAGUCAUUUAUGCAAUUCACAAUAUGCACGCUAUCCCUGUUGCGUGUGAUGCUCUCACUUAUUAUACAGAAAAUAAUCCGCAGGAUAGCUGCGCCUGGAACAUGUUGGGUAUACUAAAAGAAAGAAUGCAACUGAAACAAGGUACAUUAGACGCUUUUAAGAAAGCUUAUCAACUUUCCUCACAGCAGACUCGAGAUAAAGCUAGGGUCAAUUAUGGUCGUAUGCUCUACAAGGUUGAAGAUUAUGCUAGGGCUAUCAGUAUGUUCCGAGAAGUCGAAGAGGCUAACUUUAAGAGUGGUGUUGGGUUGGCUUUGGCGUACUUUAAAGAUAAGCAGUAUGAGGAGUCUUAUAAUGCAUAUGAACAAGCUUUGCAUUGGUUGACUGAAGAACAAAGGAACCAGUCAGAACUUUUAGUCGCGUUAGCGUCGAUGGCGUAUAUGUUUCAAGACGCAAAUGCAGCUAAAACUUUACUCUUCCAAAGCAUGGCGAAAAAAUACAAGAGAAAGACAAAUAGAGGCGAGUGGUCGGAAGAGAACAUGAAAAAAACUGUUGAAGCCGUUGUAGAAGGGAAAAUGGGGUAUAUGCUAGCCGCAAAGACAUUUUCAGUUCCUCAGAAUACUGUAGAAAGAAAAGUAAAAGAAGCUCGCGAGAACUCGGCCCUAUCUUCAUCUAAAAGUAUUAAGGUUUCCCUGGCCCUAAGCAACCUCUGUUUUCACAGAAGAAGAAGAGAACGAGCUUUGUAGCUAUAUAUUGGACAUGGAGACUCGACUUUACGGACUUACAACCAAAGACUUAAAGGCAUUAGCGUACAAUUUAGCAGUAAAAAAUAAUAAAGUCCAUCCUUUUAACGUUUAAAAACAAGAAACCGGCAAAGAUUGGCUUCAAGGGUUUUUGAACAGACACCCUGAGUUGUCAAUAAGAAAACCCGAAAGCACCUCUGCUGCGCGUGCUGCCGGGUUCAACAGAGAAGUUGUUGAUCAAUUUUUUAAUUAUUUGGGCAAUAUCUAUGACGAACAUCAUCUUACACCAGACCGCAUUUAUAACUGCGACGAAACUGGUGUUUCAGUUGUACCAAAGACUAAAUCCAAAAUGGUAGCAAAACGAGGUCGAAAACAAAUAGGGGCAUUAACUUCUGCAGACAGAGGUGUUACAAUCACAGUAGAGAUAUGCUUCAGCGCCAGCGGACAAUACAUGCCCCCUAUGAUGGUGUUUCCCAGGAAGAAGAUGGACCUACAGUUAAUGCUUAAUGCUGCCCCUGGAGCUGUUAGUGACUCAGGCUGGAUGUCCACAGAGUUGUUUCUUGGAUGGUUUAACCAGUUUGUGAAAUUUAGUGGAGCCACAGUAGAUCGACCUAUUUUGCUUUUAUUGGAUGGCCAUAGCAUCCAUACAAAAAACAUCGAGCCAAUGGGGUAAUUAUUUUAUGUUUCCCCCCACAUACAACUCAUCGCUUUCAGGUCGCCGAUGCUAUUUAUAGUAUAUGAGACCGUUGAGCAAUUAUUAUGAUCGACAAAUUACGACCUGGCUUCGCAGCAAUUCAGGGAUGGUUGUAACAAUGCGGCAAGUAGCAGAAAUUUUUGGAAAGGCAUUCAUAGAAACAUCCACCAUGGCAACAGCUGUAAAUGGCGUCAAAAAGUACGGAAUUUGGCCUUACCAUCGGACGGUCUUCUCUGAAACCGACUUUCCUCCUUCGUUGGUGAGUGAUAUUCCGCUCACUCAAGCACUGACUACAGCCACCAAAAAUGUAGCAGUCACAGCACCUGUUGAGUUAGAAACGCAGCAGGUUGACGUAUUACCUGUGCUGCAUGUCAGUGAAGCUGCUAUUACUAAUGCAACUACAUCUCGUGCCUCACUUCUAUCUAUCAGGGUUAAAACAGUUGCGAUUUGCAAAUCCAUUCAUAAUGUUCCUGUAUCAGCUACUAUUCACGAGACACCUACGGUGGCUUCUGCUACCUCGUCGAGUCCUCAGCCCGGAUGUUCCACGUGUUUUGAUGAAAUAGAAAUAGACAGGAGACCAAAUACUCCACAACAGUCAACAUUUUCUGUUGUUAUUCCACAGCAAAUAUUACCCCCUCGUAAAACUUCACGCGUGACUCGUAAACGAGGAAGGACAGCCAUUAUUACUGAGUCGCCGUAUAAAAAAGAACUGGAAGGAACGAUUAAAAAAAAGCAGGUCACGGAAGAGAAUAAACAAAAAAGAAAUGAAAUUAGACAAUUAAAGUUGGAGAUGACGAAAAAGAAGUAUAAAAAGGAAGACUAAAUAACACAGGAGUCAUAAAAAAGAAACAAACGAUAGAUAAUCGCAAAUCAUCCGAUAACAAGAGUGAUACGGAUAUUGAAAAUACCCCUUGUUUGUACUGCAGCGGUCUUUAUUUAGAUUCGAAUGAAGGCUGGAUUGAAUAUUCUCUCUGUGGCACGUGGGCACAUUGCUCUUGUACUGGAGUGGAUCACGAGGACGAUGAAGCAACAUUCACCUGCGAAUUAGACAAGUACUUGAAAUGCUGUACCCCAUCUUGCCCUCUAGGGGUACCCCAUCUUACCCGAACCAGAGGGUGGGACUUUUUUUAUUUUUGUCUCUAGAAUAAUAAUUAUGCUAUGGUUGUUCCUAAAAUUAUAAAAAUGUUAAAGACUUAUUACCAAAGGAAGAUUUCAUAAUAAAUAUGAUUGUUUAAGUGCAAUGGUUUCAGUUUUAUUGCCCUUUAAACGUUAGAUACCGCGUCUUUCCCGCAUCUCCCCUACUAACCGGUUUUGCGGACAGGCGGCAGUUUUUUGCCGGCGGGAUCCAAAAGUUGGUGCCAUUACAAAUGUUUAAAUGUUUGUGGUGACUAUAGUGAAUAAAAAAAUGAUCAUAUUUUAGUUCGCGACACAAUUUACAUUCAUAAAUAAAAUUACU